GACAAAAAAAUGUCGAGUCCGUGUUUUCUGGCGCUACGUUUGCCCUGUGCGUGACCCGAGCCCCUCUGUCAUCGAGAGGAAAGGGGAGCCGUUUAUCAAACAGUGACAGAUUUAUGAGAAUGGAAGCAAGUUGAGAAAUUCUUCAAAUCGCGACCGCGGCUUUAAAUCUCAGAGGGAGCGCAGGAGAGAGAGAAAGAGAGACCGCUAUUUCAGCUUGCUGAAAUAGAGGCAAGACUUCACGUCAAACCGUUUCACAGGAGAAGCAGCCUACAGUGAAAAGUCUUUGUGUGUAUCUGUUCGUUUAAACUUUAAAACAUAUUCUCAAACCAGAGAAGAAACGGAGUCACGGAAAGGUUCCGGCUAGCGUGCUGGCUAAACCUGCUGACAGACAGACAGACAGACGGGGCUUCAGUCUACAGCACGGUCUGACAGACAGACAGACAGACAAACAGACAGACAGACAGACAGACAGACAGACGGGGCUUCAGUCUACAGCACGGUCUGACAGACAGACAGACAGACGGGGCUUCAGUCUACAGCACGGUCUGACUGACAGACAGACAGACGGGGCUUCAGUCUACAGCACGGUCUGACAGACAGACAGACAGACGGGGCUACAGUCUACAGCACGGUCUGACAGACAGACAGACAGACAGACGGGGCUACAGUCUACAGCACGGUCUGACAGACAGACAGACAGACGGGGCUACAGUCUACAGCACGGUCUGACAGACAGACAGACAGACGGGGCUACAGUCUACAGCACGGUCUGACAGACAGACAGACAGACGGGGCUACAGUCUACAGCACGGUCUGACAGACAGACAGACAGACGGGGCUACAGUCUACAGCACGGUCUGACAGACAGACAGACAGACGGGGCUACAGUCUACAGCACGGUCUGACAGACAGACAGACAGACGGGGCUACAGUCUACAGCACGGUCUGACAGACAGACAGACGGGGCUUCAGUCUACAGCACGGUCUGACAGACAGACAGACGACAGACAGACAGGCGGAAAGGUAGCAGCGAAUUUAUAUUCGGGGGUGCAGAUUUUUAAAAAGUUUGUGAGUCUGAGGAUAGCUACUGCAGGACCAGCUCACAAGAGGCACAGACAGACAGACAGACAGACAAGCAUGCAGCGCUCCGAGCUGUGCGUGCCGGUGCCACUGUGUGUGCCGUUGCCCCUGGAGCUGCUGUGCCCAGACCUGGCAUUCCCUUUUCUGGAUCUGACGCUAACCGAUCUGGGCGUGGAUCUGGCCAGCGUGAGGGAGAGGGUGGUCUGGGCAGACAGCAAGCGAACCCGGCGCCGCACCGCCUCGGGGAAGGUCCGGGAGAGGGAGGCUCUGGUUCUGGAGGUGCGGGUCACAGCGCAGAGGCCCGGACCGGGAGGGCAGACCCAGGAGAUCCUGUAUGGAACGGAGACCCACAGUGAACGCCGGUACUGCAAGACUAUGAUGGAGGUGCACCCCUGGAUUAAGAGCGAAGGAGAGAAGCAGGAAGAGAAGCCAGAGUUCCAGUUUUCACAGAGCCUGCAGUUGAGAUGGUUUUUGCUGUCGACACAGAGACACGCCCAAAGUGGCAGAAAACUGAAGAGAAACACGAUGUUUAAAAAGAAGAUCUGGAUAUAAAUCUGUUCAGUCGCCCCUCCUUUCCCUGUCUCUUAUUGUGCAAGACUGCUUUCUCACUAAUAUGUGCUUUGACAAUAUUGUAUGCAAAUUGGAGCAGCAGUGUGGAGUAGUGGUUAGGGCUCUGGACUCUUGACCAGAGGGUCGUGGGUUCAAUCCCAGGUGGGGGGGGACACUGCUGCUGUACCCUUGAGCAAGGUACUUUACCUAGAUUGCUCCAGUAAAAACCCAACUGUAUAAAUGGGGAAUUGUAUGUAAAAAUAAUGCGAUAUCUUGUAACAAUUGUAAGUCGCCCUUGAUAAGGGUGUCUGCUAAGAAAUAAAUAAUAAUAAUAAUAAUAAUAAUAAUAAUAAUAAAUUGCUGUAUGUAAUACAGUUCCUCUUCCUUCAUAUUAUUAAUAAAUCUAUUUGGUUUAACA